AUGGCCUCCCCCAACCCCGCCGCGGCCGACGCGUCGGGGCUGCAGAAGAAACUGGAGGCCGCGGCGGGGGGAAGCGAGGGGCCGCCACCCGCGUACGGCGCCGCGGUGGGGGUGGCGGUCGCGGAGCAGGCCCCGCCCAGGAGGCUCGCGCCGGCGCGGAAGGAGCGCGUCUGCACCGCCAAGGACCGCAUCAGCCGCAUGACGCCCUGCGCCGCCGGGAAGCGCAGCUCCAUCUACCGCGGGGUCACCCGGCAUAGAUGGACAGGACGAUAUGAGGCUCACCUUUGGGAUAAAAGCACAUGGAAUCAGAAUCAGAACAAAAAAGGGAAACAAGUUUCUUUUACAUGGGAAACUACACGGCGCACCAAUCUUGCAGUAUAUUUGGGCGCAUAUGAUGAUGAAGAGGCUGCGGCAAGAGCCUAUGAUCUUGCUGCAUUGAAAUACUGGGGAGCUGGAACACAGAUAAAUUUUCCUGUCUCCGAUUAUACAAGAGAUGUUGAAGAGAUGCAGAUGAUCUCCAAGGAGGACUAUCUUGUAUCUCUUAGAAGAAAGAGCAGUGCCUUCUCUAGGGGAUUACCAAAAUAUCGUGGGCUUCCCAGGCAGCUCCAUAAUUCCAGAUGGGAUGCUUCUUUGGGACAACUACUUGGCAAUGACUACAUGAACCUCAGUUGUGGAAAGGGCAUUGCACUGGAUGGAAAAUUUGCAGGAAGCUUUGGGUUAGAGAGGAAAAUUGAUUUAACAAAUUACAUUAGGUGGUGGGUACCAAAAAAGACACGGCAAUCAGAUACAUCAAAAGCAGAAGAGGUCGCUGAUGAAAUCCGUGCUAUAGAAGGUUCAGUGCAACUGACUGAACCCUAUAAGCUGCCUUCUCUUGGCCUCGGUUCCCAUUCAAAUCCCUCUUCAGCGGGGCUAUCUGCGUGCAGUAUCUUAUCUCAGUCUGGUGCCUUCAAAAGCUUCUUGGAGAAGUCUACAAAAUUAUCUGAAGAAUGUACAUUUAGCAAAGAAAUAGAUGAAGGAAAGGUUGUCGUGUCAGUACCUACUACUGGACAUCAUACAUCUCCAGUUGACAUUAACAUGAAUGGGUUGCUAGUACAAAGAGCUCCAUACACAUUGGCCCCUGUUAUGCCUACACCAAUGAAAAGUACCUGGAGCCCUGCCGAUCCUUCCGCGGACCAUCUAUUUUGGAGCAACUUCAUCUUGCCAUCGAGUCAACCCGUCACAAUGGCGACAAUAACGACAACAACGUUUGCAAAGAAUGAGGUGAGUUCAAGUGAUCCAUUCAAGAACCAGGAGUAUGAACAUACCAAAUAG